AUGUCAGCUGGUAGCGCAACGGCGCCCCGAUCAUUGUUCUUCCUGCUCAGCCUCGCCGCCGCCACCGGCGUCCUUCGAGUCCGUGGCCAGAGCACAGGUUUCGUCAGCAUAGACUGCGGCCUCUCGGAGCAGAGCGGCUACGUGGACGAUGUCACCAAGCUCCCCUACUCCUCGGACGCCGCCUUCACGGACGCCGGCUCCAGCCACAACGUCUCGGCAGAGCACGUCAAGCCGUCCUCCACCAAACGGUACCUCAGCGUGCGCAGCUUCCCCGACAACAGCAUGGCCUCACGCAGCUGCUACACGUUCCCGUCCAUCGUGCCGGGGUCCAAGUGCCUGCUCAGGGCCACCUUCAUGUACGGCAACUACGAUGGGCUCAACAAGCUACCCGUCUUCGACCUCUACCUCGAUGUCAACUUCUGGAAGACGGUGAACAUCUCCAAAGCCGACUCUGUGCAUACCGCCGAGGUCAUCGCCGUUAUCCCGUCCGAUACGGUGCAGGUUUGCCUGGUGAACAUUGGCUUGGGGACGCCGUUUAUCUCUGGGUUGGACCUGAGGCCUCUCAAGAAUACGCUCUAUCCGCAAGUGAACUCCUCGCAGGGACUGGUCCUUCUGGACAGGAGGAACUUUGGCGCGAGUGAUAUCAUCGUUAGGCACCCGGAUGAUCCAUAUGACCGUGAAUGGUUUCCGUGGAGCAACCUGAGCAAGUGGCGGGGGAUCUCAACAAAGGAGAAGGUGAGGCUGAGGCCCGAGGAUGAGGCCGAUGUCCACUUCGACGCGCCAUCCGUGGUGAUGCAGACCGCCAUCACGCCUCUCAAUGCCUCGGAGAAAAUCCACUUCUCAUGGGAUGCCGAGCCAAACAACGUAUACCCCACGCCCCGGUACACAUCUGUCUUGUAUUUCUCAGAGUUGGAGCGCAAUGUCGUGCGCUUGUUCAGCGUGACCAUCAAUGGCAUGCUUUUGAUGUCCCGAUACACGCCGCGGUACCUCUUCUCCUAUGCCUUUUACGGCAUAGAACAUAGUUACUCCAGCCGGUACGACUUCACCAUACAAGCAACGGCGACAAGCUCGACACUGCCGCCGAUCAUCAACGCCGCCGAGUUUUUCUCGGUAAUCUCUACAGCCAAGUUCGGCACAGAUCCUCAGGACGUAAUUGCCAUCAAUGCAAUCAAGACAAAGUAUCAGGUGAAGAAGAACUGGGUGAGUGACCCAUGUGCCCCAAAGACUUUUGCUUGGGAUGGUUUGAACUGCAGUUAUCCCACUUCUAGUUCUCCCAGAAUAACAAGCAUAAAUAUGUCAUUUGGUGGUUUGAGCGGUGAUAUAUCAUCUUAUUUUGCCAAUUUCAAAGCAAUUCAACAUUUGGACUUGUCAUACAAUAAAUUGACAGGAUCAAUUCCUUAUGCCCUUACACAACUACCAUCUCUGGUGGAGCUAGAUUUAACAGGAAACCAGCUUAGUGGAUCAAUACCCCCUGAACUUCUUAAGAGGAAAGCAGAUGGCUCUCUAAAUCUAAGAUAUGGCAAUAAUCCAAAACUUUGCGACCAAGACAGCUCUUGCCAACCCACAGAAAAGAAGAACUCUACAAUUACCAUAUAUAUUGCAGCUCUAGUAGUUGCUGCAGUGGUGAUAGGAUUACUGUUACUAUUACUUCUUCUUGGGGUAAGAAAAAAGAAAGGAUUAGUGAAAGGUCGUGUAAAGCCAGAGCAUGUGGCGAGUGAUGUGCAGUCACACUCCAAGAACAGCAAUAGAUAUGGCCUGCUACAAUUGGAUAACCGUUGGUUCACAUACUUGGAAUUAGAGGUUAUAACAAACAACUUCCAGCGAGUGAUCGGCCGAGGAGGGUUUGGCAUUGUCUACGAUGGCUUCUUAGAGGACGGUACUAGGGUGGCUGUCAAGCUACGGUCUCAGUCUUCUGGUCAAGGUGUCGAAGAGUUCUUGACAGAGGCUCGGAACUUAACAAAGAUCCAUCACAAAAAUCUUGUCUCCUUGAUCGGCUACUGCAAGGAUGGCGAGUAUCUAGCCCUUGUGUAUGAGCAUAUGUCAGAAGGAAACCUCCAAGAUAAACUUAGAGGGGGAAAUAGCAACAUUGGAUGCUUAACCUGGAAGCAGAGGCUCCGUAUUACUCUGGAAUCCGCUCAAGGCCUAGAGUAUCUGCAUAAGGCAUGCAGCCCGCCCUUCCUACACCGAGAUGUAAAGACAUCAAAUAUUCUACUGGAUGAAAAUCUCAAGGCCAAAGUUGCUGACUUUGGCUUGUUGAAAGCUUUCAACAACGAUGAUGAUACCCAUGUAUCCACAGCCAGGGUGGUCGGCACAUAUGGUUACCUUGCUCCUGAGUACGCAUCCGCCAUGCAGCUAACUAAAAAGAGUGACGUGUACAGCUUCGGUGUGGUUCUACUUGAGGUGAUCACAGGAAAGCCGCCCAUACUACAAAGCCCAGAGCCAACUAAUAUCAUCGAAUGGGCAGGUCAACGCCUUGGGCAAGGAAACAUAGAAGACGUGGUGGAUAUGUUCAUGCAUGGUGACUACGAUGUUAACAGCGUGUGGAAGGCCGCAGACGUCGCGCUAAGAUGCACUGCUCAAGUUCCUACGCAACGUCCCACGAUGACUGCAGUGGUGGCUCACCUGGAAGAGUGUCUCGAUCUUGAAGAGAGUCGUACCACCGGUGACAUAAACAGCAACUUAAACAGCUGUAGUGGUGGCGAGUUCAACCCAAAUUAUAAUAAUUAUGGUGUCGACCAUCCCACUGAUACAAGUCAGAGCAGCAGGACUGUCGACAUGGGGCACAGCUUUGGUGGUGGGGUGGCCACCGGCCCUGCUACACUUUGA